AUGGCCGAGCUCAUGGGGAAGGAGAAGGGCGGCCAGAACGCCGCCCAGAACGCGAUAAACCGUGUGAAGCGAGUCAUGGACUUCAUCUCCCGUAGGGUGGAGCAGGGAGACAACAUCGACGUCGUGCUCGAGAAACUCGACAACGUGUCCCGAUCUGUGGGCAUGUCGGGUGUGUCGGAAGGGAUCGCGGUGAAGAAGAAGAGUGUUGACUCGUCGCUGAGAGAGCUGAAGAAGGGUACCCCUGCGGAGGUGCAGUUGCGGGUUAAAUGGAUGCUUGUACGCGACCGCCUCAUCGAUGCCUCGCUUCCCGCGUCUGAGUUUCCGGUCGCGUGGCUUCAGUACUGUGACCAGAUGCCUCCGCUAGCUUAG